UCUGUAAACAAUGCAACACUAAAUAGAUUCUUUGCAUUACAUUUCUUAUUACCUUUCGUAUUAGCUGCAUUAGCUUUAAUGCACUUAAUAGCAAUGCACGAUACAGUAGGAUCUAGUAAUCCUUUAGGUAUCUCUGGUAAUUAUGACAGAUUACCUUUUGCUCCUUACUUCUUAUUUAAAGAUUUAAUUACUAUCUUUAUUUUCUUUAUAGUACUAUCUGUAUUUGUUUUCUUUAUGCCUAAUGCUUUAGGAGAUAGUGAAAACUAUGUUAUGGCUAACCCAAUGCAAACUCCACCAGCUAUC